GAUAGAGUUCAAGAAAAAGUAGAGCCCUGUCUUUAUUGGAGAGAAAAUAAUAAUUAUUUUUAUUAUAAUAAUUGUAAUAGUAAUGAUAGUGUAAAGUAAGAGUAUUCUCCCAAGAAGCCAAAACAUUACUGAUCACACACGCACUCCUUAUAAAUUCUUCACAUCAGUAAUUCAAUAUCACCUCACAGUUUGUCUUCAUUCCUUUUCUAAAGAAAAAUACACACACACACCCACACAAAUAUCUUCUUAUUGUGCUAGUGAAUCUUGAAGGCUAGCGAAAAUGGUGGCCAAGAAGCCAAGAAUUGUUAUUAUUGGAGCGGGAAUGGCAGGUCUCACAGCUGCAAACAAGCUCUACACUUCCAGUAGCUCUAACGAUAUGUUUGAGCUCUGCGUUGUGGAAGGUGGUUCAAGGAUUGGUGGCAGAAUUAACACUUCAGAAUUUGGUGGUGACAGGAUAGAGAUGGGUGCAACAUGGAUCCAUGGCAUUGGAGGCAGCCCAGUUCACAAAAUUGCUCAGGAAAUCCAUUCACUUGAGUCUGAGCAGCCGUGGGAGUGCAUGGAUGGACUCUUGGACGAGCCAAAGACCGUCGCUGAAGGCGGUUUCGAGCUUAGUCCAUCUCUUGUGGAGUCAAUAUCCACAGUCUUUAAGAACCUGAUGGAUUAUGCCCAGGGGAAACUGAUUGAACGUGAGGAAAGCAGUGAAGAGGUUGAUUUCUGCAAGCUUGCAGAUAAGAUUUGUAAGAUUUGUCCAAGCAAUGGCGGUGGUCCUGGAAAGCUCAGUGUUGGUUCUUUUCUCAGACAAGCCCUUAAUGUUUACUGGGAUUCUGUGAACGAGCAAGAACAGAUCGAAGGGUGUGGUAAUUGGAGCAGAAAGUUGAUUGAAGAAGCCAUAUUUGCAAUGCAUGAAAACAUUCAAAGGACCUAUACUUCCGCGGGUGAUCUCUUGACUCUAGAUUUUGAUGCAGAAAGUGAGUAUCGCAUGUUUCCAGGUGAAGAAAUCACCAUUGCUAAGGGCUACUUGAGUGUCAUUGAAUCGCUAGCUUCAGUUUUACCUCAUGGCCUAAUCCAAUUAGGCCGCAAGGUCGCAAGAAUUGAAUGGCAGCCUGAAGCUCACCAAUCAAGCGGACAUGGUUGUGCUGGUAGGCCUGUGAAGAUACAUUUCUGCGAUGGAUCAAUAAUGUCAGCUGAUCACGUUAUAGUUACAGUUUCACUCGGGGUACUUAAAGCUGGAAUUGGUCCAGAUUCAGGUAUGUUCAACCCCCCUCUUCCAACUUUCAAGACAGAGGCCAUAUCCAGGCUAGGAUAUGGUGUUGUGAAUAAGUUGUUUUUGCAACUGAGUUCAAGGCACGAUGGCAGAGAUGGUGAUUACAGCAAGUUCCCAUUCCUGCAAAUGGCUUUUCAUCGACCAGACUCCGAAUGGAGGCAUAAAAAGAUACCAUGGUGGAUGAGAAGGACAGCUUCUCUGAGUCCAAUUUAUAAAAAUUCUGGUGUGUUGCUAUCUUGGUUUGCAGGGAAAGAAGCUCUUGAGCUCGAAACUCUUAGUGAUGAAGAGAUUAUUGAUGGGGUGUCAACAACACUAUCUAGCUUUUUGUCACAGCCCCACAAACAAUUGAAUUCUAAUUCUCAUGGAGUAUGCAAUGGGAAAGAGAAAUCUGUGGAUGGGAAUAGAGUUAGAUUCGCCAAGGUAUUGAAGAGUAAAUGGGGUAACGAUCCUCUCUUCUUGGGAUCUUACAGUUAUGUUGCAGUUGGAUCAAGCGGCGAUGACCUAGACACAUUGGCAGAGCCAUUGCCAAAUACCGAUACUUUAGGAUCUGCUCCACUUCAAAUUCUGUUUGCAGGGGAGGCAACACACAGAACCCAUUAUUCUACUACUCACGGAGCUUAUUUUAGUGGUCUUAGAGAAGCCAGUAGGCUUCUUCAACAUUAUCAUUGUGUUGGGGUUUAGACACUUAGUACUUUAAUUUUGAUCUUUUUUUCUAAGACACUUAAUUUUCUGAUAUCUUUUUUUCUUUCUUUCAAUUUCCUUCCGUCUAAAACAUCUCUCUCUCUCUCUCUAUAGAUUUGAGUACCACCAGAGAGCAAAAGGAAAAGGAAAAGGAAUGGGAUUAGGGAGGGAUGAAAGAGAUAGAUGGGGACAUUUUUAGAUGUAUUGCCUGAAUUAAAGAACCUUCUUUCCAUUUUCUAA